GGUAUUGAACCAGCAGUCAGACCUAUGGCAUGGAAGUAUUUGCUCAAAUCAUACUCGUUUGCAGACACCUUGCAAGACCAAACAGAAAUCUCAGCCAAGCGACGCGAGCAGUACUUCAAUCUGAAAAUGUCAUGGAUGGAAGUCAUAGAAACAUCGACUGAUGAGCAUUCACCUAAACUUGACAAUGGCCCAGUAGGAGACGAAAAUGAAGAUGCUGAUCUCUUUUCCAAAAUCCGCGAAAGAAAGUAUAGGGUUGAAAAAGAUGCCGUCCGCACAGAUAGAAACACACCGUAUUACGAGUCUGCCUCUGAAGAUGGUCCUUUGUUUGCUGGGUUGCAUGUAGGGGAUGGACUGGUUACUCUCCGCGACGUUUUAAUGACCUAUACCAUUUACAAUUUUGAUCUCGGAUAUGUGCAGGGCAUGAGUGAUCUUUGCUCGCCUAUUCUGGAAGUCAUGGAUGACGAAGUUGAAACAUUUUGGGUUUUUUGUGAGUAUAUGGAAAAAAUGAACAGUCACUUUUCACGCAAUCAGCUGGGUAUGCAACUGGAGCUUCGUCGGCUUGAACUCUUGUUGAAACUGAUUGAUCCACCACUCUAUCGACACAUGGAACAAACUGAUUCUGUCAACAUGUUUUGCUGUUUCCGCUGGCUUCUCAUUUGUUUCAAGCGUGAGUUUCCCUUUCAAGAGAUAAAAACUCUAUGGGAAGUGAUCUGGUCGUGUCCUUUGACCACCCAUUUUCAUCUUUUUGUGGCUGUUGGAAUUUUGAACAUGAACAGAGAUCAACUAUUUCAUCAGCAGGCGUUUGACGAGGUAUUAAAGUUCAUCAAUGGGUUGUCGGAUAAAAUACCUGUACCUGAAACUGUUGGUGCUGGCCAAGUGCUACUUUAUUUGGCGAGAGAUCUGUUUUCCAUGUAUGCACCUUCCGAAUUAUGUGUACAUUUACCUGCUUUGCCCUCCAUUGAUGCGAUGCUCAAAAACCCUGAUCUUUCUGUCGAUGCGUCUAUCGAGCACACCGAAGCAAAAGUCGUGGAAUGUGACUUAUCAGACGACCGAAAAAAGCUUAUGCAAUAUUGGAAGAAUGACAUGGACGAUAUUUCUUUUGAAGAAUGGACCGAAAUUAUGCAAUUGUUUAUUGCACCAACACUUUAG